UUUUAGUGGCUUGUUAGUGACAGCUGAAUCUCCAGGUUCAACGCAGCAAUUUGGGAAAUAGAAAUUAAAUGUUGUUUCCCAAAAGCUUUCCCGCUUACAUCCUCCCUUCAUUAUUCUAAGCUAUAAUGUCCACAGUUGGUGAAAAAAGGCCCGCUGAGAGUCAGCCUCAAGUCAAUAAAAAGUCAAAAACUGAGUCUCGUCAAGAACAAAAGAACAUUCGUAAUGAGCGUAAAUCGCACGACAAAAACUAUGAAAUGAUCACACAAGCCAAGAAAGUUUGGGAACAGCUUCGACGCGGUGAUAUUGAACGUGAAGAACAGAAAGCUUUGAUGGCUAAAAUGAUGGGUAUAAUUGGUGGCAAAGUUCAAGAUGUCAUCUUUAAGCAUGAUGCUUCACGUAUUAUCCAAACUUGUCUUAAAAAGGGCAAUGCCGAGCAAAGGAAUCAGAUUGUAGAAGAAUUAAGAGGACAUUAUCUUGAACUGUCAAAAUCUAUGUAUGGUAAAUUUAUUGUCAUGAAGGCUAUUGAAUACUGUCACAAACAAAGAGAUAAUAUCUUGGCAGAGUUCAAAAACAAUGUUAGAAAAUUGAUUCGUCACAAGGAAGCCUCAACUGUCAUCGAAACAUUCUAUUCACAAUUUGCAAAUUCAGCUCAAAAGCAUGAACUGCUGUCCGAAUUUUACGGCCCUGAGAUGACUUUGUUCAACAGUGGUGGAGGCGCCAAGACAUUAGAAGAACUGUUAGAAAAGUUUCCGGAAAAGAAAGACUCAAUAUUGAGAUACAUGGCUGAAAUGCUGAAGGGAUGUAUGGAUAAAGGCACUAUUGUUCACAGUAUUGUUCACAAAGCAAUAUAUCAAUAUAUGACAUUAACCGACAACAAAGGGCGUGAAGAUAUGUUGAGCCUUCUCAAGGAUUCCCUUCAGGAAAUGAUUCACACACGUGAAGGCGCAAAGGUGGCGAUGAUUUGUUUGUCUAUUGCCUCACCCAAAGAUCGUAAAAAUAUUAUCAAAGCAUUCAAACCGUAUCUUACCAAGAUCGCUUGUGAUGAUUAUGGUUAUUUGGUUUUGCUUCGAUUGUUAGAUGUAACUGACGAUACCGUUUUAGUGGCCAAGGCUGUCAUUGGUGAAUUAAGCAAGCAUGCCAAAGAAUUAUUUGCUAAUAAGUUCGGCCGUCGUGUUUUCUUGUAUAUUUUAGCUGGACGAAAUACAAAAUACCUUUCUCCUGAGACGGUGAAAAUGUUGAAGGAAGGCGAUAGUAUCAGAGUCAGCAAAAAAGAUCCAGAGGUCAGAGCCCAAGAAUUGUUAAAGGCGACAUCACCGCAACUGAUCAAAAUGGUUGCAGAUGAUGCUGCUAUUCUCAUGAGAGAAAAAUUGUCAUCCCAAGUUGUGCAAGAAAUUAUGCUUCAUGCUGUUGGUGACAAGACUGAAGCGAUCAAUGCUAUUUUGGCAUUGGCAGGUGAAAACAUUGAAAAGGAAAAUCACAUUAUAGAAGAUCGUUUCGCGAAUAGAAUCGUUAAGGCUAUGAUCAAGGCAGACAACGCCAUGGAUGAAAAUGAUAAAGCCGUCGAACCAUUAGAAUUUGCUUCUAAAUUACUCGAGGUCAUCAAGCCUAACCUCAGUCAUUUUGCUACGAACUUUGGUAGCUUUGUUGUCCUUGCUUUAGCCGAAGAGCCAUCAACUAAGAAAGAAGUGAAAAAAGAAUUGAAGGCACAUAAAAAGGAGAUCACUGAAGCUGCUAAAUCUAAUCAAGGUUCAAAAUUGAUUUUGGAAACUGUUUUCUAGCUUGAACAUUAUAACUUUAUUAUUUUAUCAAAUUUAUCACAAUAAACUUGUACA